UCAAACUAAAAGUACUGCGAAUUAGACUGAAAGCAGUGCUAAAGUCCCUUAAAUAGGUGUUAUAACUGGUUAGGUGCUAAAUGACCCUGUUAUACCUCAAAUUAACUGGAAAUGCCUAGUUUUGCCGAAAGUACCACAAAAUGACCGGUUUUUAGUGCUGAGAAAAUUACCAUCCAUAAAUAAUGUUAUGAAUCAUUUUGCAUUUUGAUCACAAAAAUGAGAUAGUGGGCGGGGUGCGCAGGGCUAAAAGUAAAGUUGUUGCAGAAAACUACGGGUUCGGGGUUACAUUAGCCAUUCAGCUUAUCUGAGCUUCAGAUCUCUUUUCAAUUCUUCAAAAUGAUGUCCCUUGUGAAUAAGUUUCUGGACUGGGUCAAAAGCUUAUUUUGGAAAGAAGAAAUGGAGCUUACUCUGGUUGGCCUUCAACACUCUGGCAAAACUACAUUUGUCAAUGUGAUUGCUUCGGGUCAAUUCAGCGAGGACAUGAUUCCAACCGUUGGUUUCAACAUGCGUAAGAUCUCGAAGGGCAAUGUGACCAUCAAGCUGUGGGACAUCGGCGGCCAGCCUCGCUUCCGUUCCAUGUGGGAGCGCUACUGCCGCGGCGUCAACGCCAUCGUGUACAUGGUGGAUGCCGCGGACAUGGACAAGCUGGAGGCCUCACGGAACGAGCUUCACAAUUUGCUGGACAAGCCGCAGCUAGCUGGCCUGCCCGUCCUCGUAUUGGGCAAUAAACGUGACCUGCCUAACGCUCUCGAUGAGAAGGGACUCAUCGAAAGACUGAACCUGUCGGCGGUGCAGGACCGCGAGAUCUGCUGCUACUCCAUCUCCUGCAAGGAGAAGGACAACAUCGACAUCACGCUGCAAUGGCUCAUCGCCAAGUCCAAGUCGGGCGCGCGCUAGUGAAAGGCCGGGGCGUGCAUGGACUCCCGCCGGCCGGGUGAUCUCAAAGACCGCGCCCGCCGCCGCGCUGGGCCAACAACGAACGGCUGCGGGCGGGCGGGCCCGCCUGCGCUGGCCGCUCACACACGCAGACUCUGCCGGUGGCCGGGGCUCGGUGCGAGCCGCCGCGCCGCGCCGUGCUGCCCUGCCAGAGUCCGUGGGACAUCACCGGCCCCGGCUGGAAGGGCCGGCAGUCAGACGACUGGUCAGCUGAUCGGCUGCCGCCGGGCCGGUAGGGAACGCUCGUGCAGAGUUAUUGGGGACCUGUCCGUGUAUUACGAUAGCAGUGAUGGUGAGCGAUGCAUUGUGGAUCCGUGGUCGCCAGUCAUUCCAGAUCUGUAUAAUAUGUGCGUGUCUUCAGUCGGCCGGCAGCCCUGGCCUAUCAUGGACAGUCAGCAGGGGCGGCCCGCCGAUAAUACCAAAUACGUAGGUAGGAGGCAUGCUGCUCUUCCGUUUUGCACUGUAACCGAGGAUUCUUUGUAAUCGGUCAUUAUACUUUACCACCCAUG